UCUCCAGCGACGAAGAAACGACGCCGGGAAUCUUCUCGCUACGCCCCUCCAUCCAAAUACGCCCAUCUUCCCCCUCUAACCGACAUCCUGGAACCCAACCUCAUCGGCGUCUUUGUAGGCUUCAAUCCUGGCGUGACCACGGCGGCAACCGGGCACUCGUACGCCCAUCCGUCCAACAUGUUCUGGAAACUGCUACACUCCUCCGGCAUAACAGACACGCGCCUCCGCCCCGAACAAGACGUCGAUCUCCCCCGCCUCUGCCGCAUGGGAAACACCAACAUCGUCGAGCGACCCAGCAGAAACGCAGGCGAACUCAGCAAAGCAGAAGUCGUAGCCGGCACGCCCAUCCUCGAAGCCAAAAUCCGGCGCUUCCGGCCCGAGGCGGUGUGCAUUGUGGGCAAGAGCAUUUGGCUGGCGAUCUGGAGGUGGCGGUAUGGGAGGGAGAUGCGCAAGGAGGAGUUUGCGUAUGGGUGGCAGGGGGAGGGGGAGCGGAUGGGAGGGGAGGAGGGGUGGGAGGGGGCGUGGGUGUUUGUUGCUACGGCUACUAGUGGGUUGAAUGCGAGUUUGAAGCCGGCGGAGAAGGAGGCGAUUUGGAGGCCUUUUGGGGAGUGGGUGCGGCGGAGACGG